UGACAGAUGACAUUAAUGUUUAUUUGUCAAAUUUUCAUUUGUUUUAUGUGAAGAAAUAUUUACUGAUUAGUGAAUAAAAUCUUAAUUAAUUUCCACCAUGCCGAAAGUUGUUUCUCGUAGCAUAGUAUGCUCGGACACCAAAGAUCAAGAAGAAUACAAUGAAACAAAGCCGUUGCACAUAUAUUACUGUAUUUGCGGUCAGAUGUCCCUCAUACUGGACUGUACCCUGGACAGACUACCGUUCCGACCCACCGACGGUGCGAGAGUUAUAGAUGGAUCGAAACACGCUCACAAAAUCACAUCAGACCCCGACGAAACUGUAUACUUGAAGCGGGUUAAAGGUAUAGAAAGACAAUACAGGUUGAAAUGCAAAAAAUGUGCUGUACCCCUUUAUUACAAACACGACCAAGCCAGCAACGUUGUCUUCAUCAUGAACGGAGCGUUGGUACAAUCUGCGGGUGAAGGUGCAGUCACUGACAUAUAUAAACAAGUCGCAUUAGCACAGCCAAAGAAGAUUAUGGUGACCAAACAUACAAAAAACAUGGGAAAGUUCAGUUCAGUUACUGUAUCCACUAUAGAUGAGGAAGAGGAUGAGAUUGAAGCGAGGGAGGUAGCGGACAGUUAUGCCAAUAAUGCGAGGAUCAUUGAGAAGCAGUUGGAAAGGAAGGGCAUGAACAAACGCCAAGCAGAGACUCCGUCGAGCAGUAAUGAAAAGAGAGUCAGGGGGACUUUAAUUGAUAAGUAAAUUAAAUAUUAAAUUCAAUAUAUUGUAAAGUUGUUUCCUUUUGUAAGUCUGUAAAGGUAUGACUUCAGACAUGCAUGUAACAGAAGCGGCUAAUGUGUCGCUGUGUCACUACCAGUUUCUAUGUAUUUAUAUGAUAUAUGUUGCA